CGACAGGAACAAACGCAGAAAUUAGAGCAAACGCCGAUGGAAGUGAAGUUAGAAAACUUCAACCUAACGUUUACACACGAUAUUACGAUUUGUUAAGUCGCGUUAAUAAUUUUAGUAUUAUUGAAUCCACUUUACGAGAGGGUGAACAAUUUGCCAAUGCGUUUUUCGAUACCAAUAAAAAAAUAGAGAUUGCUAAAGCUUUAGAUGAAUUUGGUGUUGAAUAUAUUGAACUUACAUCACCUGCCGCUUCAGAACAAUCAAGACUAGAUUGUGAAGCGAUAUGUAAAUUAGGACUCAAAGCAAAAAUUUUAACUCAUAUAAGAUGUCAUAUGGAUGAUGCAAAAAUCGCUGUCGAAACUGGUGUUGAUGGUGUUGAUGUCGUAAUAGGAACUUCUUCAUACCUUCGUGAAUUUUCUCAUGGCAAAGAUAUGGACUAUAUUGCUAAAAAAGCUACUGAAGUCAUAAAUUUUGUUAAAUCCAAGGGAAUUGAAGUCAGAUUCUCAUCUGAAGAUUCAUUUAGAAGUGAUUUAGUUGAUUUAUUAUCCAUUUAUCGUACAGUAGACAAACUUGGUGUUAAUCGAGUUGGUAUUGCUGAUACGGUUGGUUGUGCAAAUCCACGUCAAGUUUAUGAAUUAGUUAGAACUUUACGUGGCGUUGUUUCUUGUGAUAUUGAGUGUCAUUUUCAUAACGACACUGGUUGCGCCAUAGCUAAUGCUUAUGCUGCUCUUGAAGCUGGUGCGACUCAUAUUGACACCUCCAUUUUGGGUAUUGGUGAACGUAAUGGAAUAACUCCACUUGGAGGAUUAAUCGCACGUAUGUACACUGCGGACAAGGACUAUAUCAAGUCGAAGUAUAAACUCCACAUGCUUCGUGACAUUGAAAAUUUGGUGGCUGAUUCUGUCGAUGUUCAAGUUCCUUUCAACAAUUACAUCACUGGUUAUUGCGCAUUUACACAUAAAGCUGGUAUUCACGCAAAGGCAAUUUUGAACAACCCAAGUACUUAUGAAAUUUUGAAGCCAGAAGAUUUUGGUAUGACUCGAUACGUAAACAUUUGCCAUCGUUUAACUGGAUGGAAUGCCGUCAAAAAUCGUGUUGAACAGCUGGGACUUAGUCUUACCGAUGACCAAGUCAAGACAAUUACUGCUAAAAUUAAGGAAUUGUCGGAUAUUCGACCACUAAAAAUGGAGGAUGUUGAUAAUUUAUUAAGGGAUUAUCAUUCUGCUAUUGAAUCUGCGUAG